AUGCUCUCCUACAACCACACUCUUCCUCCCCCAGCCAACCGCGGUCUCCGCAGCAAGACCGGCUGCCUUACGUGCCGCCGGCGGAGAAAGAAAUGUGACGAGCACAAGCCCCGCUGCUACAAUUGCGAGAGGAAUAACCUCGUCUGUGACGGAUAUCAGAGCCUUCAGACAUGGGCCCCUCGCAAUAAUCAGCGCCCGCGCCGGUCUCAUAGCCCAUCGCGUUCCUCUACAGAAGCAGACUGUGCCUCGGACGGUCGCACUUCAUCACCCCCGCGCCUCUCCAUCGAAAACUCCAGCCCAGAUGGCACUGCGAGGGAAAUUGCCCCAACUGCGUCAUUGCCUCCCCUCAUCCCCGGAGUACAGACGCCCGUGGAACGUCGCCUAUUUCACCACUUUGCUACGGCUCUAGCCCCGGCAUUGGCCCUUCACUCUUCUUCUCAUCCCAAUGCGAUCGCAAAAGCCAUCCUUCCACUCGCCGUUAUAGACCCGGGCGUGCUAGACUUGGUUCUCAGUGCUGCUGGCUCACAUCUCCUGCGCCGCUUAGAGGCAGAAUCAUGCAUUCGUGAACGUGAUAUUCACAGAGAAAUCGCGCGGACAGCCUGGCAGCGAUUUGGUGAAGGCACGCGUUACCAUUGCGACAGUAUCAAGGUGCUGAGCGGGCAUGCUCGGAAACCUGGAGAUUCUGCAUCCCGAGCGCAGAUUGUGACGGCCCUUGCGCGGACUAUGUUGCUAUGCCAGCAGAGUACAUGCUCGGGCGGGUUUGACGUUAGCUGGAAGGUACAUCUGAUCGCUGCGCGCGAGCUCGCGGGUGCACUACACGGAGUCAGCCCGGACUGGGACGAAUGUAACGACCAUCGGGCCUUGAUGGACUGGAUCCAGUACCACGAGCUUCUGGCGCGGGUGACGGAUCGCAGCCUGGAAGGUGCCACCGGGAACAACCAUAUUGGCACGGUGCUGCAUGGCACGCGGCGGAGGAACGAUCGUCAAAUCCUUAUUGGCACGCAGGACGGACUGUUCGAAAUCCUCAAGCAGAUCCUCGACCUCCGUAGUAGCACACGAUAUGAAGUCGACGGCCCUUCUCUGACAACGCUGCAGAUCGGCCUCACAAUCAGCACAGAUCUGGAAGCGUGGUCGUAUCCGUACUCAGCCGAACAGCAGCGCGUCGUCGGCGAAUGCUACCGCUGGGCAUGUUUUAUUCUCCUUCACGCAACGGUAUACGGGUCCUGCGCCGAAGACGAAACGAUCCAGACAGCGCUAGCAGGUGGGCUUGCGUUCCUCGACCGUCUCGACGGGACAUCGAAUGCACAGACCUGCGCUUUAUACCCGAUGUUCGUGUUUGGGUUGUCUGCGGUGACUGAGGAGGACCGGGACAGGGUAAGGCAAAAGUUGGAACAAUAUCAUAGAUGGGCGGGAUUUGGGAAUAUCCAAGACACGGUCGAGUUGAUGGAAGAGUGGUGGCAGCAUUGCCGCAGGGAAGGAACAGGCGCACCGUGGUGGGCGUGGCAGGCGUGGGCGGCGGCGAGGGGGGUUGAGCCGAUGAUUGCUUAG